AGGACAACUCUGACGUACGAGCCAAAGUACUGGCAAAGAACAUGGUUCAAAAUUGGUGCGAUUACGAAGUUCACGCAUGACGUAACUGAGCAUGCCUGCCUUUUCAAGGUCGGUCAAUAUUCAAGUUACGUAAGUGACAAUAACAUAUUAUAAAGUAAAGAAGUAAACCUAUUCCGUUGUGUUAUUCGCCCAACUUAUUUCGUAUACCAAAAUGCAUAUACCUCAUUGCUGUAAAAAGCUGUCACCCGCUGUCACCUUUGCAGUACUUGCCCCUUAUGAAAUCAGUUGCAUCGUUCGUUGUGUUAUGUACUCAAACAGAUCGCCCGUGAUGUAUGAUAAGCACGAAGUUGCUGUCGUUCGGAUCAGGAACUCGUCAGUGUUAACUUGGUAAAAGACGCUAUCUCUAAAAUUUUGCUACCAUCUGACAGAUCAGCAUGGAAUUUUUUAUUGGUGGUGCAGCUGCAAUCGGGGCGGGCAUCUUUACGAAUCCGCUGGAAGUUGUGAAGACAAGAUUUCAACUGCAAGGAGAACUGCAAGCACGUGGUUUAUAUGCUGUUCAUUACAAAAACUUUUUCCAUGCAUUUUAUGCAGUUGCAAAGGCAGAUGGCAUAUUGGCGCUUCAAAAAGGUUUAGUACCCGCAUUGUGGUAUCAGCUGUUUCUGAACGGAGUUAGGUUAGGAACGUAUCAAUUCGCCGAGAAACGAAAUUGGACAUUCAAUAAGGAUGGAAGUACAUCAGCAGUUAAGUGUGUUAUUGUUGGAGCUGUUGCCGGAUGUGCUGGGGCAUUUUCAGGAAGUCCAUUCUAUUUGGUUAAGACACAUCUACAGGCUCAGGCUGCUUCAGAAGUCGCAGUUGGACAUCAGCAUGGCCAUAGUAGCAUGACAAAAGGUCUAGUUACUAUUUUUAAGCAGCAUGGAAUUACUGGUUUGUAUCGUGGGGUCAUGGGGGCUAUGCCUCGAGCUGCUAUUGGGUCAGCAACUCAGCUUGUGACUUUUGAAUCGUCAAAAGAAUACUUGGCUAGAGAAUAUCAGGUAUUUCAAGAAUAUCGUCUUUUCAACACUUUUGUUGCUAGCAUGAUUGGAGGAAUUGUAAUAGCAAUUUGUAUGACGCCAUUUGAUGUAGUAAUGACAAGACUUUAUAACCAAGGAGUUGAUUCAAAAGGUAGAGGACUGCUUUACAAUGGUGUUCCAGACUGUUUUGUGAAAAUUUGGAAGAAGGAAGGUUUACAUGGGUUUUACAAAGGAUUUGUCCCAAGUUACGCACGUUUGGGCCCUCAUACUGUAUUAUGUUUUGUAUUUUGGGAUGCCCUGAAGAAACUAGAAAGUGAUUAUUUAAAUAGAAAGACAACGGAUGUAGUUCGCAGCUGAAGUAGAUUAAUUUUAUGUAGUACAUAAAAUAUUUUUGUAUAAUUCUUUGCUUAUAGAUGUAGCAGCAGGCAUGCUACAUUAAUUAAAAUAUUAAAGAUUUAGCAGUAUUUUCAUAUACUUGAAUCUCUUUCUUUUCAAGUGUGUUCAUUGUUAAUUGAACAAAUGGUUUAUUUUAUUAACUAGGUAAGAAAAAUUAACAUUUCUAAUUAUUUUUCCCGGGCAGUUUUUACAGCCAAGGAAAGCCAAAAGGGAAUAUUGAGAAUUUCUUUCUAGUACUGGUUUUAUGACAAUAAAAUAUUGAACACUGUUUAAAUGGUGCUAUUCUUCAAUUUUAUUUUUAAUAAAAAAUGCAGACUUGAGAAUAGUUUGCCAAGUUAUGAAUUUUAAUGGUAAAAUAAAAAUAAAUGUCAAGCAAACAAACAGUAUAAUUUGUCAGCAAAUUUGUAACUGUGAAAUAAAUGCAACAGAUGUAGUAGUUACAGUUUGGGCAUUAAAGUGAUACAAUAGCUUCAUUAGAAACAUUUACUUUGGCAAAUGUAUUAUGUAUGCAUUGCAUUUUGUUGUUUUAUUAUGAUUGUUUAUUGUUUUAUUAUUAUUGUAUAUAUGAAUAGUUAUCUACAGAAUAUAUAUUCUAGAAUAUUAAUUAGGAGAUCAAAGCUUCCAACAUCAACUUCAUCAACAAUGUCCCUAUUGUGUUUGAGUUUCAAAUAUUUGAUUUUAUAAAUGCACCAAACAUAACGAUAGUUUAUGUUGUGCACAAGUAAAUAUUCCAAGCGAUCUCUCAUUUAAAUAGUUGUGAAGAGUUUACAUCUUUUAAAGGUUUAAUUUAACUUAUUGUUUAAAAAAAAGAAAAGAAAGAAAGAAAAAAAAAAAACAACUGAAAGCUUGAGGGAGA